GGUCCUAUUCUUCUCCCUUGGAUCACCUAAAAUGGUUAAGAAUUUUCUAGUGGGAUUAAGGUUGUGAUCUCUGGGGAGGGGUGGGACAUCUGCUCUCAGUUAUUUUUGUGUUAGCUGCUUCCCCUUAAAUGUAUGUUCACAAAUGAGCCACAGCCUUAUCAGCUGGGGUUGAGGGAAGACGGGUCUAGGUGCUGCUCCUGAAAUUGGUCUCUGAGCCAUGGCUUCCCAUAGACACUCAGGUCCCUCCAGCUAUAAGGUGGGCACCAUGGCGGAGAAGUUUGACUGCCACUACUGCAGGGACCCCUUGCAGGGGAAGAAGUAUGUGCAAAAGGAUGGCCACCACUGCUGCCUGAAGUGCUUUGACAAGUUCUGUGCCAACACCUGCGUGGAAUGCCGCAAGCCCAUCGGUGCGGACUCCAAGGAGGUGCACUAUAAGAACCGCUUCUGGCACGACACCUGCUUCCGCUGUGCCAAGUGCCUUCACCCCUUGGCCAAUGAGACCUUUGUGGCCAAGGACAACAAGAUCCUGUGCAACAAGUGCACCACCCGGGAGGACUCCCCCAGGUGCAAGGGGUGCUUCAAGGCCAUUGUGGCAGGAGAUCAAAACGUGGAGUACAAGGGGACCGUCUGGCACAAAGACUGCUUCACCUGCAGUAACUGCAAGCAAGUCAUCGGGACUGGAAGCUUCUUCCCUAAAGGGGAGGACUUCUACUGCGUGACUUGCCAUGAGACCAAGUUUGCCAAGCAUUGCGUGAAGUGCAACAAGGCCAUCACAUCUGGAGGAAUCACUUACCAGGAUCAGCCCUGGCAUGCCGAUUGCUUUGUGUGUGUUACCUGCUCUAAGAAGCUGGCUGGGCAGCGUUUCACCGCUGUGGAGGACCAGUAUUACUGCGUGGAUUGCUACAAGAACUUUGUGGCCAAGAAGUGUGCUGGAUGCAAGAACCCCAUCACUGGGUUUGGUAAAGGCUCCAGUGUGGUGGCCUAUGAAGGACAAUCCUGGCACGACUACUGCUUCCACUGCAAAAAAUGCUCCGUGAAUCUGGCCAACAAGCGCUUUGUUUUCCACGAGGAGCAAGUGUAUUGUCCCGACUGUGCCAAAAAGCUGUAAAUUGACAGGGGCUCCUGUCCUGUAAAAUGGCAUUUGAAUCUUGUUCUUUGUGUCCUUACUUUCUGCCCUCUACCAUCAAUAGGGGAAGAGUGGUCUUUCCCCUCUUUAAAGUUCUCCUUCUGUUUUUUCUCCCAUUUUACAGUAUUACUCAAACAAGGGCACACCAUGAUCAUAUUAGCAUUUAGCAAAAAGCAACCCUGCAGCAAAGUGAAUUUCUGUCCAGCUGCAAUUAAAAAAAAAAAACAAAAAACAAAAAAAACAAACAAAAAAAAACUUAGGUAGAUUGACUCUUCUGCAUGUUUCUCAUAGAGCAGAAAAGUGCUAAUCAUUUAGCCACUUAGUGAUAUAAGCAAGAAGCAUAUGAGAUAAAGCGCCCACUGAGCUGCCUCUCACGCCUCAGCUGGGACCCACCGUGUAGACACGUGACAUGCCAGAGUCGGAGCGGCUGCUCCGACUCACUGCUCACCCUAUUCUGUGAGCAGGAAAAGAACUUACUGACAUGCAUGGUUUAACUUCCUCAUCAGAACUCUGCCCUUCCUUCUGUUCUUUUGUGCUUUCAAAUGACUAACAUGAAUUUCCAGAAAAUUAACAUUUGAACUUAGCUGUAAUUCUAAACUGACCUAUCCCCGUACUAACGUUUGGUUUCCCCGUGUGGCAUGGUUCUGAGCGUUCCUACUUUAAAGCAUGGAACAUGCAGGUGAUGUGGGAAGUGUAGGCAGACCUGAGAAAACGAGCCUGUUUCAGAGCAACAUCGUCACCACAGAUACUCUGGAAGCUUAACAAAACUAACCCUGCUGUCCUUUUUAUUGCUUUUAAUUAAUUUUUUUUGUUUUUAAUUGAUAGUAAAAUAGUUUAUGGGUUUGGAAACUUUGCAUGAAAAUAUUUUAGCCCCCCUCAGAUGUUCCUGCAGUGUUGAAAUUCAUCCUACAGAAGUAACCGCCAAACUCUAGAGAGGGAGUUGAGCAGGCGCCAGGGCUGUCAUCAACAUGGAUAUGACAUUUCUCAAAAGUGAUGAGUUGAAUCCCUUGUAACGUAGUAGUUGUCUGCUCUGUGUUCCUGUGUUAAUGAGGACUGUAAAGUCCCUUCUCUUGUGAUUCCUAGGACUUAUCCUCAAGAGGAAAUCUGAAUUUCUAUCUACCACUUUACCUGAAAUGCAGGAUCCCCUACUUAACUGUAUUCUACAUUAUUAUAUGACAUAGUAUAAUGAGACUAUCAAAAGUAAACAUGUAAUGACAAUACAUACUAACAUUCUUGUAGGAGUGGUUAGAGAAGCGAUGCCUCAUUUCUACAUUCUGUCAUUAGCUAUUAUCCUCUAACGUUUCAGUGUAUCCUUACAGAAAUAAAGCAGCAUAUGAAUAA